AGUGCCCAUACUUGGGACAUAUCCCUAAUUUGGGACAAUUUGGGAUGAUUGAUUUUUCAUAUUGGCAUACCUGAUAGCACUCUGUCAGUCUGUAACAGAAAUGUUUACUUUGUAGUGGGGAUGUGUAGCUAUCACAUGGUGUGUGUAUAUAAAGAUUUGGUACACUCUUAGAGAUUCUGUAUGGAUCACUGAGGAAAUAUGGCUACAGCUGUUAAAAAAGUUUAUCAUAAUUUUGACCAAGACACUCUUGAACGUGCUGCUAAAGCUGUUAAUGAUGGCAUGAGUUAUAGAAAAGCAGAACAAAAAUUUGGAGUCCCUAAAUCAUCCAUACAACGCAAAGUUAAAAAUGUACAGCAACAUCCAUAUGGUCGCCCUCCUGUUUUGAGUGAAACAGAAGAAAAGCAGAUCGCUGAAUACUUGGCUUUGGCAGGGGAGUGGGGAUUUCCCCUUACAGCUUUUGACAUCAGAUGUAUAAUCAAAAAAUACCUGGACAAGAAGGGCAUGGUCGAACCUCGUUUCAAAAACAAUUUGCCAGGAAAAAAGUGGAUUAAAUGUUUUCUGGCCAGGCAGUGUGUGCAAUUGAAAUAUAGAAUGUGUACUAACAUUAAAAGAUCCCGGGCGGCAGUUACUCCUGAAGCUAUACAGGCAUACUUCGAGGAAUUGUCUGUUUCACUGGCAGAUGUUCCAGCAGAAGCUAUACUGAACUACGAUGAGACGAGUAUGCAGGACAACCCUGGACAGGCUAAAGUGGUUGUAAGAAGAAAAUGUAAACAUCCAGAAAGAAUAAUUGAUUUCACUAAGUCAACUUUUUCUGUAAUGUUUUCCGGUUCAGCUAGUGGUGUGGCACUUCCACCCUAUGUGGUGUACAAGGCUGAGAACUUAUAUGACACAUGGACUGAAGGUGGACCCCCUGGCACAAGAUAUAAUAGGAGCAAAUCAGGUUGGUUCGAGGGCAAUAUAUUUCAGGAUUGGUUCCUAACAAUUGCUCUACCUUACCUCAAACGGUUAGGUGAUGGGCCAAAAGCUGUCAUAGGUGAUAAUUUGGCCAGCCAUAUUUCUGCAACAAUUCUGAAAUUAUGUGUUGACAACAACAUUCGUUUCAUUAUGCUGCCACCCAACAGCACCCACAUAUGUCAACCCUUGGAUUUGGCUUUUUUUAGCCCUCUUAAAACAGCAUGGCGGAAGCAGUUGACUGAAUGGAAGAUGAAAAACAAGGGGUCAGUAAGAAAAGAUCAGUUCCCUAGGCUUUUGAAAAAGACUUUGGAUGCCAUUGGUGAUAACAUUUCCACAAAUUUGAAAUCUGGAUUUAAGAAGAGUGGCAUUUUCCCUGUGGACAAGCAGAAGGUUCUUGAAAGCUUGCCAAGCACAUCAUCUGCAAAUGAAAGUGAUGUAGUAACUGCUACAGUAGCAUUGAAGUCUUCAUUUGAGGCAUUCUUACAACAAUCACGUGAAAAAGAAACAGGUGUAAAGCAAAGAAAGAAAAAGUUAAUCGUGAAUGCGGGGAAAAGCUUGGCUGCACAAGAUGUUCUAGAUGAAUUGCAGAAACGUUCACAGCCAAAAAGUAAACAAACCACAAAGCAGCAGAUAAACACGGGUGAGAAGGAAAAGUCCAAAGUGAAGAAAAAGAGAGGUUUGUGUCAAAAUAUUUUAAAACAAUCAGUUAAGAAAAUGAAAAUGAAGCAGAAAAGUGACACUUCUGAAGACAGUGAUUGCAAAAUUUCUCUACAUGAUAGUAACUCGUCAUUCGGUGAAGAUUUCUCGACACUGUUUGAUGAUGACAUUCAAGAAAUGCUAGAGAGGGAAACAUUAAGUGAGCAGAAAAUGGUUUAUGAAGAUGUUGAACCAAUAGAAACUGUUGAUAUUUGUGGACAACAAGCAGCGACCUCCAUGAAAGAAAAUGAUUUUGUUGUUGUUGAAGUUACUUAUGACAAAGGGAAAAAAUAUGAAUGUAAGAAAGUGUUCAUUGGCAAAAUUGUAGACAAGAAAAAUUCAAGAUACAAAGUAAGCUAUAUGAGAAACUAUUUAGGAUCAAAAGACGUGUUUGUUUUCCCAACUGUAGAGGAUAUCGAAGAUGGUGUUCCUAUUCACAGGAUUAAAAAGGUGAUCACACCCCAGAGCGAAAAUAGAGGACGAUUCAAGUUUCUUUUUUGAAAUGCAUUUUGAUGCAGAGUUCCUCCUAUCAAAAAGACUGGAAAAAAAGACUGAAAUGUUACAUAACUGUUUUGUUUAUAUGUAAGCAAAGCUAUUGAAAUAUUAAUACUAGGCUAUAUUUAUUAUCAAAUAAUUGUUGUUUAGUGAAUAGUCAUGUUGGGUGUCUAGAUGUAUCUCCAACCAUUACUUUAUAGCCUACUUUGUAAGCCAUUCUUUUUUAAACAAAAUUAUGUUGUCCUAUGUUAAAUUACAGGCUUCUUAGCAUGGUACACUGUGUGAAACACAUGAUGUCCCAAGUUAGGGGUAGUGGUUCCUUACUUGGGACAACACUGUUUUUCACUGGUGGGGAGGAGAGGGAAAGCUUUUUCGAAAAAACAUUUAAUUAUUCAAAAAGUACUAAAGUCCUUCAGAAACAAGUCAUGCACUAUUUGUGCUUUAAAGCUUAAUUUAUUAUGUUUAUUUGAGUUCAAAGUUCAAAACUGUCCCAAGUAUGGGGACUUGACUGUAUAUAAUAUUUUGCAAACAGUGCAUUACUCAUAGA